AUGUUGUUAUUUGUGAGCUGGUUAUUACUAUUGCUAACAUUUGCUGGGCUGGCACAAAGUCUCGGUUUCUACCUUGAACCUAUAAAACAACGUGAAAUAAAGAGCCCGAAGGACUUGGAAAGGGGAUUCCUAUGCUUUAGAUAUGAAUUGGAGGAUGAAGUGACAGUUGUUGAUGUGAGGACUGGUGGUGAAAUCACUAAUCAAAAGUUGAAUGUGGUGAUCAAAGACCAGAAUUUCAACACUUUGAGAAGAAAAGAUCACAUCAAAGAUGAUAAUUUGAGAAUGGUGUUCAAGCCAGAGCCCCAUUCCAUUGUGGAUAUAUGUUUCAUCAAUAUAGUGAGUGAUGCUUCAUGGUUGAAUAAGGGAAUAGCUCGAGAAAUGGAGAUGGAUGUUGAUGUCUUGAGCUCCAAGCCCAAAUACAAUUACAAAGAGUUGAAAGAAUUGAACCAUCAUCUCCAGAGCACAAACCAAGUCCUUAUUGAUGAUGUGGAUCGUCAAUUGAACAAGUUUGAAAAGGAGCUCAAGUAUCUAGUUAAAAGAGAACAUCAGUUGAGAGAUUUGAAUGAAUCGGUAUUUGAGAAAUUGGCGUUUUUUGCAUUUCUGUUUUCGGCUCUUUUCGCGCUUUCGCAGAUUGUCGUUUUCUCGACUUUACGCCGUUUUUUUGCAGAAAAUUUUUGGUGA